AUGGCCGCGAAGGGAGAAGGUCCCGCUAUUGGUAUCGAUCUCGGUACCACCUACAGCUGUGUCGGUGUGUGGCAGCACGAUCGCGUUGAGAUUAUCGCCAACGACCAGGGUAACCGCACCACCCCCUCCUAUGUCGCCUUCACCGACUCGGAGCGUCUCAUUGGCGAUGCUGCGAAGAAUCAAGUCGCCAUGAACCCCAUCAACACAGUUUUCGAUGCCAAGCGUUUGAUCGGGCGUCGGUUCUCCGAUGCUCCCGUUCAGAGCGACAUCAAGCUGUGGCCGUUCAAGGUCACCUCAGGACCCGGCGAGAAGCCCAUGAUUGAGGUGCAGUACAAGGGUGAGACCAAGGUUUUCGCUGCGGAGGAGAUCUCUUCCAUGGUGCUCAUCAAGAUGAAGGAGAUCGCUGAGGCUUACCUCGGAAGCACCAUCAAGAACGCCGUCGUUACCGUCCCUGCUUACUUCAACGACUCUCAACGACAAGCCACGAAGGACGCGGGUGUCAUCGCGGGCCUGAACGUCCUCCGUAUCAUCAACGAGCCCACUGCUGCUGCUAUCGCUUACGGUCUUGACAAGAAGGCGACGAGCACCGGCGAGAAGAACGUUCUUAUCUUCGAUCUUGGCGGAGGAACCUUCGAUGUGUCGCUGCUGACGAUCGAGGAGGGUAUCUUCGAGGUGAAGGCGACUGCUGGAGACACUCACUUGGGCGGUGAGGACUUCGACAACCGACUGGUGAACCACUUCGUUCAGGAGUUCAAGAGGAAGUACAAGAAGGACAUCACUAACAACCCCAGGGCUCUCCGUCGUCUCCGUACUGCCUGCGAGCGUGCUAAGAGAACUCUUUCUUCGACGGCGCAGACUACCAUUGAGAUCGACUCUCUGUACGAGGGUAUCGACUUCUACUCCACAAUCACCCGUGCCAGAUUCGAGGAGCUCAACAUGGACAUGUUCCGCAAGUGCAUGGAGCCAGUUGAGAAGUGCCUCAAGGAUGCCAAGAUGGACAAGGGUGCGAUCCACGACGUGGUGCUCGUUGGCGGGUCCACGCGUAUUCCCAAGGUGCAGCAGCUCCUGCAGGACUUCUUCAACGGCAAGGAGCUCUGCAAGAGCAUCAACCCCGACGAGGCCGUGGCGUACGGCGCGGCCGUGCAAGCGGCUAUACUCAGCGGCGAGGGCAACGAGAAGGUGCAGGACCUGCUGCUGCUCGAUGUUACUCCCCUGUCACUGGGUCUGGAGACUGCUGGCGGUGUCAUGACCACUAUCAUUCCCAGAAACACUACUAUCCCCACGAAGAAGGAGCAGGUGUUCUCUACCUUCUCCGACAACCAGCCUGGUGUGUUGAUCCAGGUGUUCGAGGGUGAGCGCGCCAAGACCCGGGAUAACCAUCUGCUCGGCAAGUUCGAGCUGUCCGGCAUCCCCCCUGCUCCCCGCGGUGUCCCUCAGAUUACCGUCUGCUUCGACAUUGACGCUAACGGUAUUCUGAACGUCAGUGCCGAGGACAAGACUACCGGCCAGAAGAACAAAAUCACGAUCACCAACGACAAGGGUCGCCUCAGCAAGGAUGAGAUUGAGAAGAUGGUUCAGGACGCGGAGAGGUACAAGGAGGACGACGAGCAGCACAAGAAGAAGGUUGAGGCGAAGAACUCCCUUGAGAACUACGCCUACAACAUGCGCAACACCAUCAAGGACGACAAGAUCGCCAGCAAGCUUGACGCUGAUGACAGGAAAAAGAUAGAGGACGCCGUGCAGUCGACCAUUGACUGGCUCGACCAGAACCAGCUGGGUGAGGUCGAUGAGUUCGAAGACAAGAUGAAGGAGCUGGAGGGCAUCUGCAACCCCAUAAUUGCCAGGAUGUACCAGGGAGCGGGUGGCGCUCCUCCUGAGGCUGAUAUGGAUGGCGCUGGUGCCGGAUUUGCCGGAGGUGCUUCCGGUGGUGGUGGAUCUGCUGGGCCCAAGAUUGAGGAGGUCGACUAA